AUGAUUGAACCAGCUAUACAAACUAGCUGCAAGGCAUUUGACAAUGGUUGUGUGAUUGACUCUGCACUCAACCAAAAUUGUGUAAGGGAGGCACAUAACAUUAGAUUACAGAUUCAGGUUGAUGAGAACUGCAACAUUGGGCAGAGCUACUCUCUAAUCUAUAAGGAUUUCUUUGGGAAGGUCGUCGUUUUCUUUGAGCACAAGCUCAACAACAAGAGGUGGCUGCUUGCUCUUGUUCAGAUAUAUGUCAUCCAUGAAACAAAUGGAAUUCCUGUUGUGACAAAUGUACUCACAAAGCCAAAGAUUGUUCAUUUGGUUGAUGUAAAAGAGCUGAUUGGCUUGGUGAUGUCUACAGCCACUAAUGGACAGCACCAGACAGUGGGUCUCUUUGGUAGUUUGGUCCAGCAGUUAGCCAUGACAGGUGGUACUGUACUUGUGGAUAUUGAUAUCAAUGGUGAGUCGACCAGAUGA